AUGCACCUGCCUCGAGAUCACAAGAGUUUCCGCGCUCCCCAAUUUGGCACAAACCGCGAAAUCAUCUUCAGAGAGGCGUCAAAGAACGUAAACAGAAUCGGUGUCCCACCCGAGGGUGGGUCGAGCGGGUCGAGCGAGAACGGAAACAACGCAGAGCCUCAGAACACAUCGGCAGGCAACUCUCCCGCUCGUGAAGUGCAGCCUCCCCAGGCGAAUCGGCAGUCGUCACCAGUGCUACUAGAACAACAACCUCCACAAGUACCUAACGGCGCACCGCAGCGACAGUCACAUUCGCCGUCUGCACCGCAGUCAAGACACUCGCCGAUAUCUCAAGCCGCUCAGCCGGUUCCCGUUUCAGCACCAGAAGAGAAGCACCUCCAGCUGGCACUCUCGCACACCACUCCUCCAUUCUUCGACCAGUCACCACCAAAUACGAUGCCGCAGCCGUCUAUACUUCUUUCGCCAUUACCGACACCUGGUAACAUGGUCAACGGCUUUAUGACGUCAACACCUAUGUCCGGUUACGACGACUUUGUUCGAUCUGGUAAUCAAUCUGACCCUGAGACAAGUCCAUACAUGGUGGACCCUUGGAGUGGUAUGGCUCUGGGUGCAGAAUUCGACCCCAUGCGGAUAGAUCCCUCGCUGCUGAUGUCUAUGAGCAUGGACAUCAAUAUGGGCCCUCCUCCAGAUGGCAUCCUAGGGAUGAUUCCGGAGAUGUCACCAACACAGACAUUUGGACCGAUUCAGACCCCCCUCCAGACACCACGCAUGGAUGAGACCUUCUCAGAUCUGCAGAUUGGCAGUUCAGCAUCCAUGUUCUAUCCUUCCAACCGACACACUUCAAUCGCAGAUGCAGGAAUUCCGGAUCUUGGUGCUAUCAUUGCGGCACAGGACGGUUGGACCGUGUUCCGCUGCACGCCUCCUAUCCCAUCCAGCUCUUGUCCACGUACUGCGCGGCUAAACCUCGAGCGAUUGGAGCUGAGCCUGAAGAAUCACGAAGGCUGGGGUAGCUGGUCGCCGGCCUGGGAUGAGUCAGAUUUCCAACAAGAAGGCCGGAUAGUUGUCGCAAAGCUCCAUGAAAAUACCAGGGACAAGCUUCUCGCAAUCACUCAGACCUUCCUGCACAAGGCUCUCGAUAUCCACAAGGAUGCAAUGAGCACAUCUUCCAGUAGUGGAGAAUCGCCCGGGUCUAGUGCGUCUCUCUCCAACUUCAUCAUCCUCCCACCAGCUCGGGUGCUUGAGUAUUUCCUCAAAUCUUAUGCCAACUCUUUUGAGCGCUACUUUCCUACUUCGUCUCGCGGGCUCCUCGAUACCAACGAACUGAUGCAGAAUUACAACGAUAGGGCUUCGAGCCUGUUGAUUCUCAUGAUGAUCGCUCAGGGCGCGAUGGCCAUUCCCUCGAUGGAGGCGAGGUGGUUGACAGGUGGCAUCACCGAAGCCUGCCGCAUCUCGCUGUUCGAUCUCAUCGAGAAGAACAUCAUCAUGGCCGGCGAUCCCAUCGUUCUUCGUGCGGCGCUCCUUUUCACCGUUCAGGCUGCGUGGAGUGGCGACAAGUGGCAGAUGGAUAUCGCUAUGGGCCAGCGAGGAAUGUAUUUUUCGAUGCUGCGACACUCGGGUAUCUUGGACGCUCGUCCCGUUCCCAUUCCUCAGAUGAAUGGUGGCGUAUUGGCAGAAGUGCUGUGGCGGGAAUGGUUGCAGCAAGAGGCUAGAAGUCGCCUCAUCUACUCCUGGGUCAUGAUUGACCAAGAUCUAUCGAUCUUCCACGACUCAGCUCCUCUCUUCUCUGUGACUGAGUGCAGUGCGCCAAUGCCCGACUCGGACAGCCUUUGGCACGCUGCAAAUGCCACUGAGUGGUCUCAGAUCUUCAGUCAAGUCCACGAAUUCUCCAACGGUUACUCUUCAAUCGGUUCUGGGGCCAGACCAGCAAGCCUGAAGGAGCUCUUCCGCCUCUUCUUGGAUGAUGAAAUUAUAGCCCAGGAUGUGCAAGAGAUCCACCUCACCCCCAUGCACCUACGUCUUCUGCUCCACCCACUGCACACUCUGGUGAAUCAAUACUGCCAACUCCUGAGCUGCUUCUCUGAUACUGUGGCCUCGAGGUCUCGGAACAGGGCGCUCACUGCGGCGUCGACUCGGGUUCGUCUCGAGGAGGUGCAGGCCCUUCUGGGACGCUGGUUCGAUCUCGCGCAAAGAUACCUCAAAGCCAACGCAAUGUGUCCUUUGAUGCAAGGGGGCUUGGUCAUGUUUCAUCUCAUCAGCAUGAAUGCCGUGACUAGUUUCCCUGAGAUCGAGAAGCUGGCACGAAGAGAAGGCGUCGAUGGUACGUACCAGCAGAUGCUAUGGCUUCAGAAGAAGUGCAUCUCAGAUGUACAAGAAGCUAUCACCCAUGCUGGACAAGUGCUUCGUCUUGUCAGGGAUAUGCCGCGAGGCAUCCGUCCACCUUGGUGGCCUGGCGCCGUCUACCGAGCCUCUCUCGUUCUGUGGACGGAUUCGUUGUCUCACAAUGAGUCUGCGGAUCCUCGACAGCAAGGUGCGGCCUUCCCAGUUGAUCGUCUACCGGCGGAUCACCAGACAGUGCUUAGGUACCUGUCCCGUCGAGAUGGUAUCCCGACCCUGACGAAGCUGGACGGCACGCCGGUGCCGCUCGAUAACGGCUUCUCAGUCCUGUCGCAUUGUAUCGACGUUAUCGAUGAAGGUGUGGCGACCAGGUUCUCAGAUGGCAUCCGCAGUAAGCUUGAGAAGCUAGCAAGAGGGUAG